CCGGGGCGGGGUAAAGCCGGGACGAAGGAAGGAAAGAAGGAAGGAAAAGGCUUUACGAGGGAGUGAGUGAGUGAGUGAAGGAAGGUGCAGUGCAACGCGGAGGAGGAAGAGGAGGCACAGCGAGAGAGAGAGCGAGUGAGAGAUGCGGGGCGGGGCGGCAGCUACCCCGCCAUCUUCCUUCCCAUGUCGUGGUAGUGAGUUUUCCUGGCGGGACAGCUCUGCUCUGCGCCGUGUGGUCCACAGCUCCGCAUCGAGCCAUCUCGCUCACCAAAUCGACUCUACACCGAGGUGGAUUUUUAGCGUCUGUUAGGAAAUACGAGGUGAGCGCGGGUGAGUGAAUACACGACGGGGUGAAGGUGGACCCCGAACGGCAUUGCGGUUGGGGUUGUUUGCUGGAUCGCGUGCGGCCGGAGGUGUGUCGUCAAUGGCGGAGAGUGUGGAGGUGUCGGUGUGAAUGCUUUUUUUUCGGUGCAGAUUAUUGAAGUUUUUUCGCAGCGUAUUUGUGGCGAGGAGGAGGUGUUGAGUGAGCAGUCUAGUGGAUGGUGCUGGAGGUAGUGGUGAUGGUAGAGAGGUGGUGACCGAUGGAUGAAGAGCGAAGGUAGGGAAUAUUGGAAGGGUUGGUGGUACGUUGGCCAGGGGCGUGGGUGAAGGGAGGCGGGGAAAAGGGAUGCAUGCCACCUGACGAGCUUGAAUGCAUUCGCUGUGCUGCAUCGCGCCUGUGCCCAUGGAGAACGAGGAACCGAAAGGGGGAGCGGGCAACGGCAAGGUGUUUUUGUCUUCGUCCGAGUCCAAUACUGCGCAGCGAUCCUUCAAGGACCGCCAGAAUGCGAUUUCCUUGGCCUCUGGUAACUAUCAGCAAGGGGGAAUGAAUAAUAGCAGUAAUCACAUCGGGCACAGCCUUCCGAAUUCGUACCGAGCUUUGGCGACCCCAGCACCUUUGCCGCCCCUUAGUUGUUCGAAGAGCAAUGGAUGGGGAACUCGUAGUGGCGCACAGCAGGUUGAGAAGAAGGUGGAUGGAAGUGGUCGUGUGCAUCAUGAUCGGUCAGUAUCGGAUCUUCCGCCUGGGACGGGAAAGGUCUUCAAAAUUACUCCGGAGGGGGGCAUGAAGACUGCUACCAAUUUCUCUGGAGAGCUCUUUCAUGUUGUUGACACAGUGGCGAGCGCCACACCACCAGGGGGUGUAUUGAACAAUGAUGUGGUUGGAAUUUUAUACAAGUGGGUGAAUUUUGGGAAGGGAUGGCGUCCUCGCCUGUUCGCAUUGAAGGAGGGCGUGUUCUCAUACUACAAGGUUCAUGGUCCAGAGAAAGUCACGUGUAAUGAUGAUAGAUUUAAGAAUUUCCGAAUUAUGGGGGAAGAGGCGCAGAGAUUCGUGAAGAAGCAAAAGCCUUCGCACACACAUCCGCACAGUGGUGAUUUAAGCCUAUCAACAGCGUCUGGAAAGAUCCACCUUAAGGUGGCUUCCCUACGCAUGAGCCGGUCAGACGAUAAGAAGUUUUAUAUCCACACGGGAACGAAAACGCUGCACCUCCGAGCAGAGACCAGCACUGACAGGAAUGACUGGGUAAUGAUGUUGAACGCGGCCAAGGAAAUGUUUCCUCGGGAUUCACAGCUCAUUGGUGUAGUGACCCCAUCAGAAGAAAUUACAAUUUCUACUGAUAAGUUGAGAAAAAAGCUUCUGGAGUUUGGAAUAAGCGAAGAGAAGGUGAAGGAGUCUGAGGAUGUAAUGCUGGCAGAAUUUUCAGUUGUAAAGGAACAAUUGAAAGUGAUGCAACAGCGACGUCUGACUCUGCUCGAAAGAUUGAAGCUGCUGGAGGCUGAGAAAGUGGAGUUGGAGAAAACCGUUGUGGAUGAAAUGCAAAGUCAAGCAGGCGAAGUUGGGCUUCAUGAACUCAAGUAUUACGGAGGAAGCGAUUCUGAAUCGGACGACGACACGGACAGUCACAAGGGUGGCGUUGAAGUAGACUCUGAUGAUGAAGAUGAUAUCUUCUUCGAAGCUAGGGAUACUCUUAGGAACCCUGCGAAUUGUCAAAAAAACCUUCCAGAGUCUCCUACAGACAGUGAAGUUGAUAUGGACAUGGUGGGUUUUGAUUACCCAAAGGUGGCUCGACGAAAAUCUUUACCUGAACCCAAGGAGAAGGAGAAGAGUGUGAGUUUGUGGGCCAUGAUCAAGGAUAACAUUGGUAAGGAUCUCACGAAGGUCUGCUUACCAGUCUUCUUCAAUGAGCCUAUCUCAUCUUUGCAGCGGUGUUUUGAGGAUGUAGAGUAUUCUUACCUCUUGGACAGGGCAGCUGAGUAUGGGAAGAGGGGAAAUAGCCUCAUGAGGCUUCUAUAUAUAGGAGCUUUUGCCGUGUCAGGUUACGCCUCAACAGAGGGUCGUACUUGUAAACCUUUCAAUCCCCUACUUGGAGAGACUUACGAAGCUGAUUACCCUGAUAAAGGUCUUAGGUUCUGCUCCGAAAAGGUGAGCCAUCAUCCAAUGAUUGUGGCAUGUCACUGCGAGGGCAGAGGCUGGAAAUUUUGGGGUGACAGCAACUUGAAAAGCAAGUUUUGGGGCCGUUCUAUUCAGGUGGAUCCUGUUGGUAUUCUGUCACUGCAAUUCGAUGAUGGAGAGCUUUUUCAAUGGACGAAGGUCACAACAUCAAUAUACAAUUUGAUUUUAGGGAAGCUGUAUGUGGACCAUUAUGGUACAAUGCGCAUACAGGGCAACCGGGAGUACUCGAUAAAAUUGAAGUUCAAGGAACAAUCAAUAAUUGAUCGCAACCCUCAUCAGGUUCAAGGGUUUGUACAUGACAGAAGUGGAGCGAAAAUUGCAACCUUGUUUGGCAAAUGGGAUGAGUCUAUGUACUAUGUAAUGGGAGACAUAUCAAUGAAACCCAAGAGUUAUGACCCUAUGUCUGAGGCUGUUUUGUUGUGGCGUCGCGCUGAUCCACCCGAGAAGAUGACUCGUUAUGGUCUGACAGCCUUUUCUAUGACUUUGAAUGAUAUCACGCCUGGGCUUAGGGAUAAAUUGCCACCCACAGAUUCAAGGUUGAGACCCGAUCAGAAACAUCUAGAGCAUGGUGAAUUUGAUGCGGCCAAUUCAGAAAAGCUGCGGCUUGAACAAAAGCAGCGACGGGCACGGAUCCUUCAAGAGAAAGGCUGGCAACCACGUUGGUUUCGUAAAGAAAAAGGGAAAGACACUUACGAAUACAUUGGAGGCUACUGGGAAGCACGAGAGCAAGGAAGGUGGGAUGGCUGCCCAGAAAUUUUUGGCCCAGAUUCUCAGGACGAGAUUGCCCUUAUUGAUUGAAGAUAAGGAGCAGUAGUGCGAUGAUCAGACGUAGGUGCCCGCUGUGGGAAAUUCAGUUUUGUAAUAUUAUUGCCACAACCUCCUUUGGUUGCGGGCGUCGAAGGAGGAUUUGAGUGUCACGUGUUGAGGUUGCGUGGCUAGUCGUUUACAUGGGUUAUUUAUCUAAGUUUUUUGGUCAGAAGCAGAAUAGAUUAUGUGCAAUCCCACAGAAAUCAGAUCCAGCCUUAGAGUAGGUGGGAUCGUGGCUUUAUUCACAAAUAGGAUAUCAUUUAUCCUCAACUCCGGUGCUACGGCGCAUUGAAUACUUGUGUCUAUGAUUCAGAACUCAGUAAAUAUGAUCUCAUUUUUUCUGCAA